AAUUAAGAAUUUAACGGAAAUGUUAUUAUCAUUGGUUCUUUCUCUUUUAAAAUAUUUUAUUUUAGCAUAAUUAACCAAUAAGACAAUUUUAAUUUUAAAUUUCUAUAGUUUUAUUGUUAUUUAUCAAAAAUAUAAUCUUUAUUUUUUAUAUUUAUAUUUACUUGAGUAAUAAUUAUAUGCAAAUAUUCUACUAUAUAAGGUUUUCAUAUUUACAAUUACAUAUGUAUAAAUUAAUCGAUUGAAUGAACAAGUUUAUUGUUACAUUCUAAUCAAUUAAUAGUAUAUUUUAUAAGUAUAUUUUUAAUUUCUGUAUAUGAUCAUUAAGUAUUUAUUUUUCUACUUAUUUUAUUAAUAUAUGUUUUCAUAAAAAUCUAGUGAUGGACUGUGCUAAAAAAGUGUGUCACAUUCAGAUGAAAAAUAAAGAACAAUUUUCUCCUGUUAAUAAACUUUCACAUGCAAAAUCAACACAAGGAAGAAAUUUAACAGGUUCUGCUCGGCAUAUACGAGAUUUAAUUGCAGAUAUUCAUAAAAAUAUACAAAUAUGGAAUACAUUUCAUUUAGAAGGAAUAAUAUUACUCAAGAAUAUAAUUCAAAUAAAACAGAAUGACUGUUAUUCUGAAAUUUUACAAGAACAAUGUGAUAAAUUAGAAAAUAUUUGUGAUUCAUUGAAUACUAUCGUAGAAAAUCUUGCUCAAAUCACACAACAUAUAAAAAUCACGGCAUCUUUAGAAACUAAUAUGAACAAGUUAUUUAUAACAUGGCCUAAUAUAAAAUUUGGAGAAAUUGCACAAUCAAUAUAUGAUGCAUAUUCUCGUGAAUUAAAAAUAAAGCUUAAAGUUUUAGAAAAUAUAGCACAUCAUUAUACAGACUCGUGGAAAAUGUUGUUUCUUGCUAGUUGGGUACAUCAACCAUUAUUACCAUAUAAUUUGACAACAUUUUUGGAAUCAAUGUUAAUAGAGAGUGGACAUAGGUAAUAAAUUAUUAUUGACAUAAAUUUUGGUAAGUGUUCUAUUUCAAAAACAAUUCAGUGUUUACAAUGAUUAUUUUUUUGUAUUAUAUCAUAAGUUAUAACUAUGAAAUAAAACAAAGAUUAACAGAA